ACUGACAAACGCCAAAGUUAUCGUCAGUAUUUUACAAUAUUUUACAAAAAAUUUUUAAUUUAACUUUACUAGAGUUUUAACAAUUAUAAAGGAAAAUGAUAGGGGAAAACAAUAAUAAAAUAGUGGAAAACGUGAAAGUUUACAUAAGAAUACGUCCUCUGAACGAGAACGAAUCGCUGGGAAAUGCAAAAGGAACGAUCGAAAUCAACAAAGAAGAAGGCACCAUACUCCUGAACAACAGCGAAUACAGAGAAUUCGAGAAGCUCUUCAGAUUUCAUCAAGUAUUCCCAGAAGAAAGCAGCCAGAUGGAGAUCUACCAUACGGUUGCAGCACCAAUAGUGGACACCGUCCUUAAAGGCUACAACGGUACAAUAUUCGCCUAUGGCCAAACAGGAUCUGGAAAAACUUACACCAUGGUCGGUGAACAUUCACCCAAAGAACUCCAAGGAAUUAUACCUCAUUCUUUCUCCCAAAUAUUCACUCAGAUUGCUAGUUCAGUUGAGCAAAAAUCAUUCGUGGUAACAGCCACAUUCCUGGAAAUCUACAAUGAGGAAAUCAGGGACUUACUAUCUGUUAACACCAACAAGAAACUCGUCAUACACGACCACAAAACUCACGGAUCAUUCGUGAAGAAUCUCUCAGGUUUUACUGUCAAUUCUAUAGAAGAACUGAAAAAGUUGUUCAUCAGAGGUAAUAAAAACAGGACCACCAAAUCGAAUACUGUAAACGUAUCAAGUUCAAGGUCCCACGCCAUUUUUACAAUAAUGAUCGAAUCUAAAAACCACAAGUCAAACGUAACCACAUUCGGAAAGCUCAAUUUUGUCGAUCUGGCAGGUUCUGAAAGGCUCAGUAGGACCAAAGUGACUGGAGACAUGCUGAAAGAGGCUAGUCACAUCAAUUUAUCGUUAUCUGUUCUUGGGAACGUUAUAUCAAGCUUGGUGGAUGGAAAAUCUUCCCAUAUUCCUUAUAGAAAUUCCAAACUUACUAGGCUGUUACAAGAUUCUCUUGGUGGUAACUCAAAAACAGCUAUGGUGGCCACAUUGAGUUUGGCUGAAAUAGAUUACGAUGAGAGUGUUUGUACCUUGAGAUACGCUUCUAGGGUCAGGUACAUAAAGAAUUACGUGUCAGCAAACAAGAAAAACGAUGGCCUGAUUGCAUCUUUCGAAAAACAGAUACAAGAACUUCAGAGCAGAGUCCAAGAUAUCCAAGACGAACAAGAUAUAAAGAAAAAGAAACAGUACGAGUUGAAGAUGAAGGCAACAGAAAAGAAAAGGUUACAAGAGGAACUUGAAAACACAGAAAAUAUAAAACAAGAAUUGAUGAGUAAAAUAGAGAAAGUCAAACAAAAAAUCAUCGUUGGUGGAGUUAACUUGCUGGAUAAGGUAGAGGAACAACACUGCCUCCUGAAGCAGUCAUCAAGUGAACUGAUAGAUCUACAUCAAAGGAAUAAAGACUUGGAGGAUAUUUUAGACGAGAAAAACAUGAUGAAAUUGGAGUUGAAACAAAACUAUUCGUCAUUGCAAGAAGAAAACGAGGACUUGGAUAGGCAAAUAUUGAAAAUACAAGAAGAACUCAAAAUAUACAGGGAGGAACAAGAAAAACAACAAUCCGAACACCAGUUUGAAAUGGAAAGAAGAUUGGAACAGAAUAAAGCUCUAAUGCAAGACUUAACCCUGCACAAUUUGGUCUUACAAAAUAUGAUUCCGAAAAGAUACAAGAAAAGAUUAGAGGCUAGUAUACAUUAUGAUGUCGAAGUGGACGAAUAUAGGUUGAAACAUAUUGCGCACGCAGGCAAUAAUAUCGCUAGAAAGUACAAGGAGAACGAAAGAUUGAAGAGAAUGAUGCCUUGGAAUAUUAAGUCACCCUAUAUUUUAUCGAAGAAGAAAUAUUAGGAAUUUAUUAUUAAUUUUAGCGUGUUCUCAUUUAAACCUAUUACAUAUUUCUAUACGAGAUUUUACACAUUGUUAUACUUUCUUGUUAUUAAUUAGUAUAAUUAAAAAGUUAUAAUAUUGAUUU